AUGACUGAUGCUAAAGACGGCGUAUCCCUCUUUGACAUCGUGUCUGGCACCUCAGUCGCUCCAGCAGACACAGCUAACAGCCUCACUCGCUCACAGUGGCUUACCCGUGACGCUGCUGCCCGCCUAGCUAUUCGCAACCACCUGCCGUUAGCCGAACGCACUCACUUUGGCCAGCACAAAACUGCUAAGGCACUGUACAUUGCUGCCAUCACUCGCUACUCUCCCCAAGCCACUGCUGCUCUCAGCCGCCUUAUCCUACCCUACCUGGACCACUUCCUCGCCCUCCCCCCCACCGACCUCACAAUCGACGACCUUGAGGAGCACCUUAUUGCAGCUGAGUCCAACAUCGUCGCUGUAGGUGCUGCUCGUGGCACCCCCGGCACUCCCCUCUUUGAGGGGUGUGCCCCCUCCCCGCUUGCCCCCUCCCAUACCUCUGCUGCUGCUGUUGACUUCCUUGGUGCUGAGGAGGUCGGUGCUGCUUCUGCCCCUAGUGGGAAGCGCCGCAACGGCAAUGGCAGGGGAGGCAAGGGUGGCAGUGGUGGCAGCGGGGGAGGUGGUGGUGGAGGCGAGGGCGGUGGGGGUGGGGGUGGCGGUGGGGGUGGUGGCGGGAGUGGAGGUGUAGGUGGCGGCGGUGGCGGCGGUGGUGGGCGUGGUGGUGGUGGAGGUGGCAGUGGUGGGAGCGGUGGCGGCGGUGGGGGUGGUGGCGGCGGUGGGGGCGGUGGUACCGGCGGUGGUGGCAGCGGUGGUGGCGGAGGUGCUGGUGGUGGCCAGCGCCAGCAGCAGCAGCGUGCGCGCGAGCCCCUCACGCCCCAGCAGCUUCGUGAGUGGUACGCUCAGCAUGGGGCGUCUAAGAGUAGUGCUCACUGCAAGUAUGUCAUUCGCACCGAGGACCGCGCUGGUCAGACAUGCAUGAAGUUUCACACUGAGUACCGCUGUUUCUCCCGCCCUGAUGACGCCUGGCGUGCCCAGUUUCCUGACGCAGUAGAGCUCCCCCGCUAG